AUGAAGGCUAUUUGGAACCUCCCUUGGGUUGUUGGAGGUGACUUCAAUGAGAUUCGUUUUAUGUUUGAAAGGAAAGGGUGCAAUAGAAUUGACAGUGGAAUGAAAGAUUUUGGGAAGUUCUGUGACAGACAUGAACUAAUAGAUUUGCCCAUGAAUGGUGCGAAAUACACUUGGAGAAGCAGUUUUUCUUCUCCUAAUCCCCGGCUCAGCAAAAUUGACAGAUUUCUUGUUUGGGAGGACCACUUCCCCACUAUUAAUGUUUCGGCUCUAGCUCGUCCCAUCUCUGACCAUAAACCUAUCAAGCUUUCAUGGUCUUAUGAAGAUUGGGGAGCUCCACCUUUUCGCUGUGUAGCUAUGUGGUUCCUUGAAGCUUCUUUCCUUUCUCUGCUUAAACAAUGGUGGACUUCUUUUUCGUGUAGUGGUUCUGCUAGCUUCAUUAUGGCGAAAAAACUACAACUCUUAAAAGAACAAAUCAAGAAAUGGAAUAAAGAAGUUUUCGGCAGAAUAGAUAGAAGGAAUGAGAAAAUUCUGGCUGAUAUUGUUGUACUAGACCAACUGGAUGAUGAUAGAACUAUAUCUCCUUCUCAACUCGCUACCAGGUCCAAUAUUAGGCUUCAAUAUGAAGAGGUGGCUGAUAUGAUUUAUUUACAUUGGCUUAAUAAGUCUGGCGCUCAAUGGUUCCAGCAUGGCGACCGUAAUACAAAAUAUUUUCACAAGUUGGCUAAACAUAGAAGAAGAAGAAACAAUGUGGUGAGACUCCGUAUCAAUGGCUCUUGGGUGGAGGAUAAAGCAGAGAUUAAAAAUCAUAUAGUGGAGCACUUCAAAUCCAAAUUCGAACGUUUCUUUAGCUGGAAUGAACUUCAAAAAACUGUCUCCUUCGAAUGCUUCCUGGUUAGAAAGGAGAAUAGAGGCUGA